AUGAGCAGUCCGGCAGCGGCAACGCCGCGACGCCCGUCGGACAUCUUCAAUGACCCUGAUAUCGAUCUGAUGGUGGCGGUGUCCCGGCAAGUCUCUGCACGAUCGGAAUAUGAGAGCUUGCAAGUGGGCCGUGUCAACGCCAUACCGCCCGUACUAGAAAAAUCCGCCCAGAUCCCGUUGUGGAUGCGCUGGAAGGAGUUUUGGGCAGUCCUGGCCGUGAUUUUGGCGAUUGUGGGCGUGAGCGUCUACAACCUCACCUCUUCAGACGCCAGGUUGCUGGGCCAUUUGCAGAAGUCCGUGGUCUAUGUGGCGCAAACCCACGCAGGUGACAUCACGCGACAGAUCCGUACUUCAGUGAGUUCCCUGCAAGCGUUGGAGGCCAUAGUUGCAGUCGACAAGUAUGGGACCAGUUUGCAGGAUUUCGACAAGCUGGCCGAGAGCCUGAUUCGGACUUACAAGGGCAUUUCCAACCUUCAGCUGGCCCCUUUCGGCACCAUCCAGGUCAUCUAUCCUCUCGUGGAUGAAACGCAAGACAACCGAGCUGCCUUAGGGCACGCCCUCUUGCUGGAUCCAGCACGUAAGGAUGGAGCCUUGAAGACCGUUCUGGCAAGGACGACCCAAGUGGUGGGCCCACUGAAGCUCCUGCAGGGAGGUGUGGCAGCCAUCGCCCGGCGUCCAAUCUUCAGCCGCCAUGCGCCCAAAUACCUCCCAGAUGAGUGGUUUGUGGCCUCGGAUGGUGUAAACUACACACGCACCUGUUCCCUCCCUGAGUUCCGCGACCGGGCCGACUCAGGCUGUUCCUUCCAAGGCCCCCCGGACCUUGAUGGCGAGACCACGUACUUCUGGGGCUUUGCGACGUUGCUGAUGCGUAUGGACGAUUUGUUGAACGUCACGGAUCUGGCGUCGCUGGAAACCGGGGCGCGAGAGGCCGUGCCCGGCAUCGCCGCCUUUGCUUUCCAGCUCGAGGAUCUGAACCCGCACCCCUCCGUGGUGGACUUCGGUGGCGUUUGGCUUCGGUCCGCCAGGACGGAAGCGCUCCACAAGGCGGUGGAGGCCAUGGUUGCCGUGGAGGAGUUUGGAUUCCAGUGGAGACUCUUGCUCGUGCCGGUGGACGGCUGGCCCGCUGUUUCCGAGCACUUCUGGCUACAGCUGCUGCUGAUCCUCCCCACCACUGCCUUCCUGGGAGCCGCCCUGGGGGUGGGCAUUCUCCUGGGCCUGCGCAGGCAUGCUCUGAAGCUCGAGGACUUGGCCAAGUACCUGGAGAAAAAACGGGUGGAGACCAUCCGCUCUUCCGUGGAGAACUUGAACCAUUUCCAGUUCCCGAUGUACCUGGUGGAGUGCCAGAAUUUUUUGAGGAUGGGGAGGCUGGUCCAGCAUGAAGAAGCCCGGGAAACUGGCAAGCUGAGGUGCUUCGAUUUCCCUGAAGAUAUCAGCCGCGUGCUUGCCUCCGAGGAGGUAGUUUUCAUUUCCCACCAAUGGGUUGGGUUUCGCCACCCUGACCCGGAGAACGUGCAGUACCAAGCCAUGCACAUUGCCAUUGAUGGUUUCCGGAAGAAGGGCAUCGAGUGUGGGCUCAUCUGGGUGGACUACACUUCCAUUCCCCAGGCCAAUGCCUUCCUCCAGCAAUCUGCAAUCAACUCCCUGUCGGUGUAUGCUUCGAACUGUUCGGUCUUCUUGACCGUAGCGCCCAAGUGCACCCAUGCGGACACCGGCCGGCCUCUCGACAUGCACACCUACCGCUCGCGAGCCUGGUGCAGGCUGGAGUUGCUCAGCUACAAGUGUCGCCGUGGCGCCGAAGAGGAAGCAACCUACGCCUGCGACGGCAAAACCUUGAUGGACGCUGACUGGGACGAGGAGGCCACCCUUCAGGUGCUCGAUGGUUACUUCAGCUGCUGCUCCAUGCGACACCCUGAGGGCCAGCAGUGUGACUGUGAGAAGAUCCGGGCAGUGCUCCUGGGACUUUGCUGGCGCCUUAUGGCCAUCCGAAGGGACGGCGAAGGCCGAGCGCGGGCUUGGGCAACGAGGAUGAUGGAGCGCUUGGCAGAAGAUCGCGAGAAGUAUUUUCCCAGCUACUUCAGCUACGCCAGCGUGGAAGGGCUGCAGCGCCGGGAGCUCUUCCAGGGCUACUUCCCCCUCCUCCAGAGCAUGUUCGAGGAAGACUCCGCCCUGAACGAGGCGGAGCGACUCCAGGUUUCCGCCAUCUUGGGCUCCUGCAUCCCGAGCGAAACUCACCACAGGCCUCUUGGGGCUCAAGGCCCCAAGCAUGGGACAACCGCAGUGUAG